AUGCACGCAGCCGUACAAAUUAAACAUGUCCCAAGGACACUCACCAGAAGACUAAUUGAACUGGCAUUUUCACGGUUUGGGGAAAUUAAAAAGAUAAAAAUGCCAAGUAAAACCGUUAAAUAUGCCGUUAUUGAAUUUUUAAAUGAAAAUUCUGCAAAUAAUUCAAUUGCGCAAAUGGAUGGGACACAAUUAGCAGGAAUUCACAGCAGAAAGAAGGCCAUAAGAAAUGGACCGUGCGAAUUUGUAUGGGACCUAGCCAGAUAUAACCCAAGUGAAUUCCUGUGGGAAGGAGAUGCAGAUACAACAGAGAUAGAGAAGGAGAUCUUAAAGAAAAAGAAAAAGAAUCUGUUGUAUGUGGAAUCAAUUGACGGGAAAAUAACGCACGCAAAGGGUGCUAGGCAAAGACCCAUCAUAGAUGAAUAA